AUGGAAUCGAGCACGACAUUACCUACUGCAAUCGACAAAUCAUCCCAUGAUACAGCAAUCGUCGUGCCUGGUGCAGAUCCACUCGAAGUAUCGUACGAACAGUUAGCUGCUGACAUACUGGAACUGCAACGGAAACUCGCCGAUCUUGGUAUCAAGAGAGCCGACGCUGUAUCUAUUGCCAUUCCAAACAGUUACGAAUUCAUCGUUGCCUUCCUCGCUGCCUCCACUCAACGAGCUAUUGCUGCUCCGCUGAACCCAGCCUAUAAACAAGACGAGUUCGAGUUCUACAUCGAUGACCUAGCUUCCUCCCUAUGUCUUGUGCCAAAAGGUCAAUACGAGAGCAAUAGCCCUGCAGUGAGAGCUGCAAGGAAAUACAAUGCAGCCAUAGCAGAAUGUUAUCGGAAAGGGUCGCGCAUUUACCUCGACGUGAAGGAAAAAGGAAAGCUUGAGCAAGCCGAGAAACCCUGCCCGAUACUCGUCGCUGAGCCGGAAGAUGUAGCACUUGUCUUGCACACUUCUGGUACUACAGGCCGUCCCAAAGCUGUACCACUUUCUCAUCGAAAUUUGACGAGAACCAUGAAGAACAUUCAGGAGACGUACGAGCUUACGCGAAAGGAUCGGACUAUGCUCGUUAUGCCGUUGUUCCAUGUCCAUGGUCUGCUAGCUGGCUUUCUCGCUCCGCUACGCGCUAGAGGUUCUGUUGUUGUACCUGACCGUUUCUCAGCUGGUCAGUUCUGGAAAGACUUUGUGGCCUGCAAAGCAAAUUGGUGGACGGCUGUUCCGACGAUUCAUCAAAUACUCCUCAGGAGUCCAACCCCUAGUCCCAUACCAGAUAUUCGCUUCAUCCGGUCAUGCUCGUCUCCCCUCUCACCUAAGGUGUUCCACGACCUCGAGAAGACGUAUAAUGCACCUGUCCUCGAAGCGUAUGCCAUGACCGAGGCAGCACAUCAAAUGACCUCGAAUCCUCUCCCACACAAAGGCAAGCGUCAGCCAGGCUCGGUCGGAAUUGGUCAAGGUGUCGAAAUCAAAAUCCUAGACGAGGCAGGUGAAGAGCUUGCACAAGGCAAAGAGGGAGAGGUUUGCAUCAAAGGCGAAAACGUCACUAAAGGGUACCUGAACAAUCCCAAGGCUAAUAAGGAGGCAUUCACUGCAUCUGGCUUUUUCAGGACUGGUGAUCAAGGUAAAAAAGACGGAGAUGGAUACGUGAUUUUGACUGGUCGCAUAAAAGAACUGAUCAAUCGAGGGGGCGAGAAGAUCUCCCCUAUUGAGCUGGACAAUCUGCUGGCUACGAAUCCUAAGCUCAGUGAAGCUGUCAGCUUUGCGAUACCUUCAGAAUUGUAUGGGCAGGAAAUUGGUGUGGCUGUUGUACAGAAAUCAGGUCAGCAUGUGACAGAGAAAGAGAUCAUAGAAUAUGUGGCCAACAAAAGUGCAAGCUUCAAGAAGCCUAGUCGAGUAUGGAUUUUGGAGGACAUACCAAAGACUGCAACUGGAAAGACUCAGAGAAGGAAGGUAGCUGAGACUUUACUGGCGAAAGACACAAAGGCAAAAUUGUAG